AUGUCUGUUGAAUACGGGAAACCCCAUGCUGCCGAUAUCCCUGUGGUCGAUCUAGAUGACCCGGAGGAUGAUGUGUUGUUUCUGGAACAAAAUAAUUCUCGUCACGAACGCAACCGGUCCUCGGAUUUUCUUGAAUCUUUAGACUAUGAGGACCCACAACCUUCAGGUUGGAUUUCCAAACUCUCAUCCUAUUUCUCGUCUCGCCUGCUAGGACUGUCAUACGAGCUUGCGAGAGGCUCCCAAAGUUCGGACUUUUUUGAUCUUUCUGAUGACGAUGCAUCACAUUCCGAUCCUCGUGAUGAGCUCCGUGACUACAGAAUCAAAAGACUCAACCAAAAGCUUAACAAGACCAUCAUGUUGUUUGCACUUGUGUUGGUGGGCAUAGUGGGUGCUUUUUUCUUCCGGAGACAUCUGAGUCAUGCUUCUGCAGAGGAAAAACAACCUCACGAACACCAGAAACGGAUCUUAUCGAAUUCUACUCAUGACUUCUACCCAUCGACAAUUCUCGUGUCGCUUGAUGGAUUCCACCCUCACUAUAUCAACCCACAGAAUACGCCAGCAAUGCAUAAGAUGAUGGUCGAAGACUAUGGAGCCCCAUAUAUGGUGCCAUCAUUCCCGUCGUCGACAUUUCCCAACCAUUGGACUCUUAUCACCGGUCUUUAUCCCGCCGAGCACGGAAUCGUGGGAAAUACUUUCUUCGACCCCGUGUUGGGGAAGCAAUUCAUUAAUACGGAUCCUAAUUAUGGGUUUGAUCCCCAGUUUUGGCAGGGCGGAGAACCUUUGUGGACCACUGCUCACAAGCAUGGUGUCAACUCGGCUGUGCACAUGUGGCCAGGUAGCGAGGUUCCCACCAUUGGAGAUAAUGGACCUUUAUUCGUAGAUAAGUACAACGGAAGUGAAUUGUUGUCGUCGAAGGUUGAGAGAGUCAUGGAGUGGAUAGACACCGAGAAGAUUCAAGACAGACCGGAACUUAUCUUGACAUAUGUGCCCACCAUCGACCAGUUUGGCCAUAAAUUUGGAAUUAGCGGUCAGAAUUUGACCGAUGCGCUUCACUACGUUGAUGACUUCGUUGCGUUGAUGAUCGAACUGUUGAAGGUUAGAAACUUGACGGACAUCGUGAACUUGGUUGUUGUAAGCGACCAUGGAAUGGCUCCUACUUCAAAUGAUCGCUUGCUUUUCCUUGAUGAUGUAGUAGAUACCUCAAAAAUUGAGCAUGUUGACGGCUGGCCUUUGUUUGGAUUGAGACCAUUUGAGGGUCAUUCCGUGGAUGACAUCAUGAACGAGAUCGACUCCAAAAUGAGUAAGAUGGAGAAGAACAUAACCGAAAACUAUUCUGUCUACCGUGUGGAAGACAUUCCUAAAGAGUACAAUUUUGGAGGGAAGGAAAAUGAUCACAAAUUCAAUUAUCGACUUGCACCCAUCUGGAUAAUUCCCAAUGUUGGUUACUCCAUCACAACUCACAAGAAAUUCAAAGAAGAUAAUAACCAAUACUACCCUCGCGGUGUACACGGAUACAACAAUACUCACCUUUUGAUGAGGGCGAUUUUCUUGGGAAGGGGCCCGUACUUCAAUGAGAAAUUGGCUGAAUCGAGAAAGGUGUUGCCUUUUGCCAAUACAGAGGUGUACGGCAUGAUCUGCGAUUCUUUGGAUAUCAAGCCUUCGCCUAAUAAUGGAUCUUCAGCUGAUAGUAAGGGAUUCGCUAUUUCAUCUAACAACCUUCUUCCCAACGACUGGAGGGAUGAGUUGAGUUAUCCGAACUUGCCUUACGAAGUCGAACAUGUUGUAAAAGAUGCAACAUAUGAUCUUUUGUGGCGUAAGCCAGUCAAGGGGAUGGGACAGACUACUGUGUCUGUCAGUCUGAACAAACAUCCAUAUGAGUCCAUAUUGUCUGAGGAGUCUUCGUUCCUGAGCGUCACGUCAGUUUCGUUGCCUAAACCAAGUGACUUCCUGGAUGCUGUAGAUGCUGAAGAAUCCUCCUCUGUUGCCCCACCAGAUGACAAUUCAGAUGGUGAAAAGGGCACAUCUGAUGAUGAAAGUGGUUUUGGCAAAAUUGUUGAAGGCAUCGAUGAUAUUUGGGAAGAUGCUGAGGAUGCCGUUGGGGAUGCUGUGGACGGUUUCCUAGAUGCUGUGGGAUCUUUAUUUGGCGGUAACAACGAUGAAGAAAAAGUCUAA